AUGCCCGCCACACCCGGCGCAAGCAUUGUCGAGAGAGCCGAAGUCCCUGACAAGCCCGACUUCCCAGAAUACAAAUUUAUGAAGUACCAAUACAAAGAAGAUUAUCAAAAGGUCCUCAUUAGAGGUUUGGUACAAACAUACCUAUCAACAUUUCGAAGCUUGGGUAUUCAGAUUAUGCCCUGGGACCUUGAUGCAGAUGUUCAGGUAACAGAGGCCGACAUGUUCUUCCUUGCGGCUUAUUACAACAUGUCAACCUUCUACUUUGAGAAUGAAGAGAUACCGGAAGGCAGGUUGUUCUUGUUGGAGAUCAACCCGCAUUUCAAACAUCGAGAAACCGACGACAGACAGAAUGUCAUCGAUGCAAGAUGGAUAGAUACAUCGUCAGGUCUCUAUAUUGACAUUACCGCCGCGCGCUACGCCAUCAACCACGAGAAGGGCGAGGGUGUGUUAUUUGACAAGAAUGGUCACGAGUAUCGGGACACUUAUCUAUACCCCUUACGUGACACCACCUUCGAGGGUGUGCCAGUGAAGAUUCCGUAUAGUUACAAGGAAAUGCUGGCGGCCGAGUAUGGAGACAAGGCCUUGACAAACAAGUUCUUCAAUGACCACACAUACGACGAGACCCAAGAACAAUGGGUGUUAGCAGCACAGCCUGACUGGUGA